UUCCUUUACCUCGGCUCAGCUUUGAAAGAAUCGGGCCCCUCGGGCCCGCACCCACCCCCAAGAGGGGCCCUUCAGCUUUGGGGCACUGCUUUGGGGCGGGGCCAUUCGGGGAAGGGUAACAGUCGGCGUGUUCCCCACCAUCACCACCACCUCCACCUCCUCCACUCCUUGGCCGCCUCCAGCCUCUCGCCUGCGGGAAGCGGGGACUAACCACCGCCCGAGUCCCGAGGCGACGGGAGGUCGGCCGCAACUUCCCCAGUCCACCUUAAGAGGACGAUGUAGCCAGCUCGCGGCGCAGACCUUAGAAAAACAAGUUUGCGCAAAGUGGAGCGGGGCCCCCGGCCUCUGGGCAGCCCCCGGCGGCGCUUCCACAGCCUUCCAGCCGGCGCUGGCGGCACAGGUCCGAGCUUGGCACCGCGGCCCAUGGAGCCCGCCGGCCCGGCCCCCGGCCGCCUCGGGCUGCUGCUCUGCCUGCUGCUUGCCACGUCCUGCUCCUGGCCAGGAGCGGCAGGACAGGAGGAGAAGGAGCUGCAGGUGACUCAGCCUGACAAGUCAGUGUCGGUCAAAGCCGGGGAGUCGGUCACCCUGCGUUGCAUCCUGUCCUCUCUGCGGCCCCCCGGGGACGUCAAGUGGUUCAAGGGGGCUGAGCCAGGCCGGGAAUUAAUCUACGAAUUCAAAGGAGGCCAAUUCCCCCGAGUAAAAACUGUUAGAGACACCACAAAGGGAGGCAACAUGGACUUUUCCAUCCGCAUCAGUAACAUCACCCCGUCUGACACCGGCACCUACCACUGUGUGAAGUUCCAGAAAGGGACCCCAGACACGGAGUACAAGUCUGGUCCCGGCACCCGGGUGUCCGUGAGUGCCAAACCCUCUCCCCCCGUGGUCUCGAGCUCCCCAGCAAGGACCACGACUGGGCAGACCGUGACCUUCACCUGCAAGUCCCACGGCUUCUCCCCCAGGAAUGUCACCUUGACAUGGUUCAAAAAUGGGAACCAGCUCCCAGCCCUGCAGACCACCGUGGUGCCCCCGGACGACAGCGUCUCCUACAACAUCUCCAGCAGAACCGAGGUGCAGCUGAGCCCAGGGGAUGUCCGCUCCCAGGUCAUCUGCGAGGUGGCCCACGACACCUUGCAGAGCCCUCUCCGUGGGACGGCCAACCUGUCAGAGUCCAUCCGAGUUCCACCCACCUUGAAGAUGGUGCAACACCCUGUGCCAGGGAACCAGGUGAACGUCACCUGCCAGGUGGAGAGGUUCUACCCCCAGAAAGCACAGCUGACCUGGCUGGAGAAUGGAAACGUGUCCCGAACAGAAACAGCCCCGAUCCCCGUAGAGAACAAGGAUGGGACCUAUAACCUGACGAGCUGGCUCCUGGUGAACUCGUCUGCCCACAGGGAGGACGUGGUGCUCACCUGCCAGGUGGAGCAUGACGGACAGCCGGCGGUCAGCACACAGCAGACCCUGCAGGGCUCUGCCCACCAGAAGGACCUGGCUCCAGAAGCACCACCUGGUAACUCUGGCAAGUGGAAUAUAUUUAUCGUGGUGGGCGUGGUGUGUGCCUUGCUGGUGGCCCUGCUGAUCGCAGCCCUCUACCUCCUCCGAAUCAGACAGAAGAAAGCCAAGGGUUCCACUUCUUCUACCAGAUUGCAUGAGCCAGAGAAGAACACCAGAGAAAUAACCCAGACCCAGGACACAAACGACAUCAACAAUGACAUCACAUAUGCAGACCUGAACCUGCCCCAGGGGAAGAAGCCUGCCCCCCGGCCCUCCAAGUCCAACAGCCACACGGAGUACGCCAGCAUUCAGGGGGGCCCACCGCCCCGGCCCGAGGACACGCUCACCUACGCCGACCUGGACAUGGUCCACCUCAACCGGGCCCCCAAGCAGCCAGGCCCCAAGCCCGAACCCUCCUCGGAGUACGCCAGCGUCCAGAUCCAGAAGAAGUGAAUGGGACCCCGGUCGUUUCGAGGGCCUGUCCCCACGGGCUUUCUUGUCCCACGUGGUGCGGCUGCAAUGAGGACACCCAGCCCCGUUCCCGGAGGGUCGGGCUGGCACAGGCCCUGAGACCCAGGGGUGAGGUGGCUCUUGCCUCCCCGUCCCCUUGGCUCUCCAGCACUUCCAGGGCAGUCACGGCCCCCUAGGUCCCCACGCUUGGAGGAAUUGGCCGCUGCCGCCUGGGGUCCAGGAACUCUCGUGCCUCUAUCCGGAAACGCAUGGGUCUUGGUCUUGGUCUUGGAGACCCUUGACCACUUCCUUGACGCUCCACAGCCUGAUCUUCCAGGGUGAGAAUGGAAUUCCACCUCGUCCUUCCACCACCCAACUGGGGCUUUGAGACAAAGCUUCCCUUUAGACCAAACUGUCCCAUCCAUGGAGAAGCUAGAAAAGAACUCUGGAACCGGUCCUGAGCCGUGAGGAAGCCCUGGCCGUCCCCAACCCUGGGCCAACGAGCCACAAGCACUGGGGGAGGAGGGCACCCCCUGAGAACCCCCCAGAGGACUAUGUGACAAAAUCUUCCUCUUCGUGCCCCUCUGCAACCCCUUGAGGACCCGUCACCCCAACUUUAGCCCUCCUCGCGGAUCCGCCUCUCCUUUCUAGACCUGAGCUUGCUUCCUCCAGCUAGCACUAACUCAGCAACAUCUCGCUGUGGAUGCCUGUAAAUUAUUGAGAAAUGUGAAACGUGCAAUCUUGAAACUGAGGUGUUAGAAAAUUUGAUCUGUGGUGUUUCGUUUUGUUUCUUUUCUUUUCCUUAAAAACGUUCUCUUGGCUCUUUGUCUUGUGUUGAAGUACACAAUUGGGUCUUGUGAAGUCUAAGGUUUAACAGUUUGUUGUCCUGGAGGGAUUUUCUUACAGCAGAAACUGAAUUCCAUCAAGUCACAGAGCCCUGAGGAUGGAGGAGGAAGGGCCAGAUGCCUUGCCUUUCACCUGGGACUAAAUAGGCCGUGUUCUCAGUCAAGCCACGUGGCGGGUCCUCCUGCCUCCCUUGACCCCACUGUGGUAAGUCCCAGCCCGCCCAGGGCUUCUCCAGGCUGCCUGCUUGGUGGAGCAGCUUUGCAGCAACCCACAGCCUCAGUGUGCUCACCUGUCAAGAGUAGAGAGGGAAGGUAGCCUAGCUCCCCACAAUCGCGCAAAGCACUUUAGGCAAUGCCUGGUAGGGAAACUGAGCCUGGCUGUCUACCCCGCUUCUUUAGCCACCUUCUCCCAUCCUGGCUCUCUAAACUAAUCCUGGAACCUUCCAUUUCUGCUCUCAAACCCUAUCAGAAUCAAACUGGAAUCGAGCACAGCCAGCCAAGAAGACUGGGCAGCUGUGAAAUUAGGGCUGCUCCACCCACUGUCCCUCCUUCUCAGAAGGUUUGGCAGAGGCACCCACUGUCCCUCCUUCUCAGAAGGUUUGGCAGAGGCACGGACCCCAGUUACCCACCGACCCCCACCCCUCCAAUUUUGGGAGCCAGCCCGAGGAGGAGUAAGGGAGUGAAAAUGCAUUAUUUGCUGCCCUCUUGGUCCAGCCAUUUGAUGCCCAAGGGUUUCCUGGCUCAGGCUGCCCAAGUGAGAAGCUGAACCAUCGAGCCUGUCAGCAGUUCCUAUAGGGGAAACUUCCGGAGCACAGCACAGACCAGCUCUUGGGGCACGGUGACUUGGUAUUUCACGUGAUGGUAUCCAGGGAUUAGCUGAGCCAAAUGCCAUGCGGACAGCUUUGGCCCGGCCAACCAGAGCCCCCUGUGGCAUCUGGAAGCCGCAGUGGCCCAGCCACCUGCUCGUGCUAUUUCCAAAUUCCAAAAGGUUGGCUUGUAAACCUUGGAUUCCCGCUCUUCUGCCAGAGAGAGCACAUGCGUGCCCAGACACACAUACACGCACUUGUGCACACUCACACACACCUGCACAGACAUACAGAAUUUUAAAAGAAUGUUUUCUUGGUGCCAUUUUUAUUUUAUUUCAUUUUAACUUUUGGAAGGGGAAUAAGGGAAUGAGGCCAAGGAAGACGUAUAGCUUUAGCUUCAGCCUGGCAUCCUGGAGAUUCCCCACCCCUUGUGUAUCGAAUCCCAGGAAAAGGAAGAGGUUGAAAAAACACUGCAGCAGGAACAUGGUUUCGGGAGUUUAUUUUAAGACCAACUGGGAAGGAAACAGGCCCCAUUUUGUAUAUAGUUGCAACUUAAACUUUUUGGCUUGCAAAAUAUUUUUGUAAUAAAGAUUUCUGGGUAAUGACGA